UUUUAUUUUAGAAAAAAUAAAAUAAAAAAGUUCCCUAUUUAAGUCUCAUUAAUGGAAUUAAGAACAAUUAUAGCUUUUAAAUUUUAGUUUGGCUAGUAUAAAUAAUUUUAAUUUAUUUCUGUUCUUGUAUACACAUCCAGACCGUCCGUUUAAUCACAAGAACGGUCCGACGUUCGUGUCUCUCUUUGUUCGGGUCGGUCGAGCGAGAUCGAGCGAUCGGGAGAGUGGGAAGGAGAAGGAUGGGCGGCGGCGGCGGCGGCGGUCAUGGUGAGAGCACGACAUACAAGGGUUUCACCAUUCACCACCCCAAGCGGUGGCACGUCGUUACCGGAAAGAGCCUCUGCGCCAUCAUGUGGGAGCCACAUGCACACUGUGAUUCCAGAGCUUCCUUUGUGGCUUUGUGCCAUUCCAUAUUAACUCCAUAACUCGGGAGGAAAGACCAUAUGAGCAAUCUUCGACUGGUUGCUGUUCUGAAGCACAUAGGGUCCAAAAGUAGAUGGUUUUGGGUUCUUUACAGGGCUAAGCAAGAUGGUCCAGUAGUUUUGGGUUGGCGUCAUCCUUGGGAAGGACAUGGUGACCACUCUCACGAACAUGGGCAUGAAAAUGAGGUAUUGUAGUCCUACUAGCACCUUGAAUCAUCUGGUGUUUCGAUUUUACCUGGAUGUGCCAUGUUUGUGGUUUUCAGGACAUCCCCACUUGAUGCCUUUUACUUGCUUGACGUAAUUACAUGUUAGUAUAAUAGUUUUCAUAAAUACAUCAAGCGUAUGAUAGUUCUACAGCAAAUCCUCUAGAAACAUGAUUGUGGCCCACCUCUCACCAUCUUUUAUGCAUUUGAAUAAUGUCAAGGCUGUAAUGCAAGAAAACAAGAUGGCAUAUCAGGAUGAGGCUUAGGAUUGGAUGUGGAGAGUUAGGAUUAGGUGUUACAAAACUAAUGGAUAUUUGAUCAACCUAAGUGAUAUAAUAGUACUUCGAUUAUCUUUUGCCAUUCAGUUUAGUUUAAUUCAGUCUCAUCUCUUUGAUCAACAAAUCUGGAAAAAUGCAUGGCAGUAAUCUUCUUUUAUCCUUUGGAGUCAAUUUACUGUUUGGAGUCAAUUUCACUACUAAUUUUGAGUUUUCUGGUCAUGUUGGGAUCGAUACACACCCUAUCAAGCUUAAACAACUCUAAUUUCUCUUUGAGAUUGAUAAAUCUAGCAUAUAGCAUUUGACUUAGUCCAAGCCCACAAACUCAUCGUCGAUUGGACCGGGCUUAAUCGAGUUGCCUGCCGAGCUGAGCCGAUCUGAACAACUUGGUUCAAUCAUCGAACUCUUUAGUUCCUAGUUUCCAUCAAUCACCCAACCAAACCCUUUUAAAUUCAUUUUGGAUUCUCGCCAUCUCUCAAUUAUAUUUCCUAUCAGCCACCCAAACGCACAUAGAGACGAAGAACUCUUUCAGGGCUCCUCGUGCCCCGUGCGGGCAUCUAAUUCCGAACCAGAGAAGAAAGACAGUACGAAUCUCUGAUGACUAAAGUAAUUGCAGAUCAAACCAGCGCAUAUUGUUUGUAAGAUAUGAUGAGAAGGAGCUACCUGUCAUGCCCGGUUGGCUUGCACACAUUCCAUUAGUCUAAUCUGUGGUUCCGCAACUCCCCGGAUUUCACCGGAUCCACCUUGCAUAGACCACAGACGCACUCGCGCGGGAUCGAUGUGACUUGCAACGAAUCAUGAGACAUUUCGUGGCCCUCAAUGUGUUUGAUGAAUUGACGAAUUCGCAUGGGCUGGCUUCUCUCGGCAAGCUCACUACUAAAAGGUUCAACAGUAUGGCGUUGGUCGUGCUUAUCCGAGUUGGUAGAAGAUUCACUCCACCGCUCGUGCGCGCCUUUGGUUUUCCUCUCUUUCUUUAAUGGAUUAGUUUGUUUAGUACUCUAGGCUCACCCAACCCCGCCCUCGUUUAAGAACUGCCGGCCUCCGACUCCUCUCCCUCUCAUCCCUCGCUCCGCAAGAUACGCAAAGGAAAAAGAAGCUCAACUUAAAGAGAUUGGAGAUCAGGAAGCGUACCAGGCCAAAGGAGAUGGUCUCAGGAUUCCACCGUUCCGUGUCUCUGCCGGGCUCGAACCGCCUCGAUGAGCCCUGCCACCUCCGCUCCACCAGCCUCCCCUGCCGCUCCCACCCGGCCCUCUCCCACCUCAUCGACCGGAUCCGCUCCUGCCUGGAUCCCUGCACCCGCUGCUCCUCCCCCGCCGCGGGGCUCGGCCGGAUCGAGUGCCUCCUCGCAGCCCUCGACGACCUCCUCCGAUUACCUCAGGCCCAGGACACGCUCCGAGGCGGACCCGCCUGGGCCGACCGCCUUCUCGACGGCUUCCUACGCCUCGUCGACGCCCACGGCUCCCUCCGCUCCGUCGUCACAGCCCUCGGGCAAGACCACGCGGAGGCCCGGGCCGCGAUCCGGCGGCGCGACCCCGUGCGGCUCGCCUCCGCCGCGCGGUCCCACCGCCGGGCGGAGAAGGAGCUCGCCAGGCUCGCCUCGACCGUCAAGGAUCUCGCCAGAUCUCGGUCCCUGAACCCGGGGCUGUGGGCGGAGGAGGCCGAGGCCGAGGUUGCCGGCAUCAUCGCGGAAGCGGUGGCGGCAACGGCGGCCACGUCGAUGGCGGUUUUCUUGGCGAUCGCGGCGGUGUCAUCGUCGGCCGCCUCCUCGAUGUCGAAGGGUUCUUGGACGGAUCGGGCGUUGAGGAGGGCAUGGAAGAAGCGAAGCGAGGAAGGGGCGAUGGAGGCGAUGGAGGAGAGCAUGGAGGGAUUGGAGGAGGGAAACGGGAGGGUGUUCAGGAGUCUGGUGAACACGCGAGUCGCGCUUCUUAAUAUACUAACGCCCUCUUGGUAGAGUUUGGCGCCAAAACUUAGAAUUUG